AUGCCUGGGAAACAGUCAGAAGAGGAGCAGGUGGAAGUGGGGGCUCAGCAGGACCUCGGGGGUCUCACGGAGGAGGAGCUGCGGCAAGGCCAGAAGGCUGCGCUGGCCCUGGAGGACAUGAUGGCGUUGAGUGCCCAGACCCUGGUCCAUGCCGAGGUGGACGAGCUAUACAAGGAUGUCCGUCCCCUGGGUCAGGGCCGCUUUGGCCGGGUUCUGCUGGUCACCCACCGCCAGAAAGGUACACCCAUGGCACUGAAGCAGCUCCCAAAGACCUCCACCUCUCUCCGUGGCUUCCUGUAUGAGUUCUGUGUGGGUCUCUCGCUGGGUGCACAUUCCUCCAUCGUGACCACCUAUGGUAUCGGCAUCGAGUCAGCCAACUCGUACAGCUUCCUGACAGAGCCCGUUCUGCACGGGGACCUCAUCACCUUCAUCCAGCCCAAGGUGGGUCUCGCGGAGCCGGCAGUCCAGCGCUGUGCAGCUCAGCUGGCCUCGGCCCUAGAACACAUCCACUCCCACGGCCUGGUGUACCGAGACCUGAAGCCGGAGAACGUGCUGGUGUGCGACCCCUCCUGCCAGCACGUCAAGUUAACCGACUUCGGCCACACGCGGCCCCGCGGGACCCUGCUCCGCCUGGCCGGGCCGCCCAUCCCCUACACAGCCCCCGAGCUCUGCGCCCCGCCGCCCCUUCCCGAGGGGCUGCCCAUCCAGCCCGCCCUGGACGCCUGGGCUCUGGGCGUUCUGCUUUUCUGCCUCCUCACUGGCUACUUCCCGUGGGACCAGCCCCUGGAGGAGGCAGACCCCUUCUACGGGGACUUCCUCGUCUGGCAGGCGUCGGGGGAGCCCCAGGACCGGCCGCAGCCCUGGUUCGGCCUGACCCCCGUAGCCGACGCAAUGCUGUGGGGGCUGCUGGACCCUCAUCCCCGAAAGAGGCAGCCCGUGAGCUCUGUCAGGGGCUACCUGGGCCAGUCCUGGAGGCAGCAGGAGGGAACUGGGGAAGAGGGGGACAGGGAGUGA